GAUGAUGUUUCAUUUAACGCGCAAAUGCGCAAUCUCCCAUUGACCGUGAACGCAACAUUAAUCUGGCACAAGGUCCAGAACAAGAUGGCUACCGCUGCGGGCCGAUCAUACGGAGAAGGAGGCCGAGCAACUAAACGACAGAAAACAGAGGACGGAGGAAUGACAACGGAGAGUUACGAGGACCCUCACAAACCGCUGCCCUCCCCGGUGGUGCACAUCAGGGGCUUGGUUGACGGUGUUGUGGAGACUGACUUGGUGGAAACCUUGCAAGAGUUCGGGGCCAUCAGUUCUGUGGUAAUGAUGCCCAAUAAGCGCCAAGCCUUGGUGGAGUUUGAAGACUUAAAUGGAUCCAGCAAUGCUGUUACAUUUGCAGCUGAGAACCAGGUUUACAUUGCAGGCCACCCUGCCUUCAUCAAUUAUUCCACAAGCCAAAAGAUCUCUCGCCCAGGAGACUCGGACGACACCCGGAGUGUGAACAAUGUGUUGCUGCUCACAAUCAUAAAUCCCAUCUAUCCCAUCACAACGGAUGUGUUAUACACUGUAUGUAACAACUGUGGUCCUGUACAAAGGAUCGUCAUCUUCAGAAAGAAUGGUGUUCAGGCCAUGGUCGAAUUUGACUCCAUCCAAAGUGCCCAGAGGGCUAAAGCCUCGCUAAAUGGGGCAGACAUCUACUCCGGUUGCUGCACGCUGAAGAUAGAAUAUGCCAAGCCAUCUCGCCUAAAUGUCUUCAAGAAUGACCAGGGCACAUGGGACUACACAAACCCCGGUCUGAGUGGCCAAGAUGCUGAUGGCGAAGGCAAUUGGAACAAUUCACAAGAUCCAAAUGCCAAUUCCAACAAACGCCAGAGGCAGCCUGCUCUUCUUGGAGACCACCCACCUGACUUUGCUGGCCCUCAAGGGGGUUAUCAUGCCUACAAUGAUGACACCUAUGGUCCACCCCACCGCAUGGGGCCAGGCAUGGGUGGACGUGGUCGCGGUAAUCAGCGCUACGGUCCUGGAUACGGGCCACCAGCCCCUGAGUAUGGUCCUCACGCGGACUCUCCCGUUCUCAUGGUGUAUGGCCUUGAGCCCUCAAAGAUCAAUGCUGACAAGGUCUUCAACAUCUUCUGCCUUUAUGGAAAUGUGGAGAGGAUUAAGUUCAUGAAGAGCAAGCCUGGGGCUGCAAUGGUUGAAAUGGGUGACUGUUACUCUGUGGACCGAGCCAUCACACAUCUUAACAACAACUUCCUCUUUGGGCAAAAACUCAACGUCUGUGUGUCAAAGCAGCAGGCUAUUGUUCCAGGACCUCUGAGCUACCAGUUAGACGACAACACCAGUAGCUUCAAAGACUUCCACGGCUCCCGCAACAACCGCUUCACGUCUCCAGAACAGGCAGCCAAGAACCGUAUCCAGCACCCAAGCAAUGUCUUGCAUUUCUUCAAUGCUCAGCCUGACAUUUCUGAGGAGGUUUUCAAACAGGUCUGUGAAGACUUAGGAAUCAAGAGCCCUGCAAGUGUGAAACUCUUCACUGGAAAGAGUGAGCGCAGUUCUUCAGGCUUGAUGGAGUGGGAAUCCAUUAAUGACGCCAUGGAAGCUCUGGCCUUGUUGAACCAUCACCAGAUGAAAAACCCCAGUGGGCCUUACCCUUACACUCUAAAGCUGUGUUUCUCAACCACACACCAUGCCAACUAAGUACACUCCGUUCAAACAAUUAACAAUAUAAUGGUAUUCUGUUCUUAUGUCCCAUUAAAAUAUUCACUCACUAUUGACACUAAUCUGCUUGUUGUGCUUUCACCUUUAAAAGGACCGGCCGGACCCCAGUACAGGGGGCAAUGCGGUUGCACUUGUGUUGCUGUAGUAACUGCUAUGCAGCACUUGCAUCAAUCGCAUGCUAUACUUCCACCUAACCGGAACCAUGUCAGCUAAAAGCUCAAACCAGUUUUAGAAAAACUGAGUACAAUUCAAACCACAGACACUUGAAUUGGGCAAAUGUGGAAACAACCUGGCCUCUGACUGCUUGCUUAUGUUGUAAAUAAUUCGAUAAAACAAAACACUGUCACAAAUCUAGCACUGUUUGAAAACUAAUAGUAAAAACAUAAUUCCUCUUCUGCUGAACUUAACUGAAUUAGCCACAUUUACACGUAACCAGCCAGUAGCAAAUAAAUCUACAUAACCAUCAGUCUCUCCUGUACUUUCAUGUCCGCCCUGAGAUCGGUGGGUCGUGAGUUCAAACCCCGGCCGAGUCAUACCAAAGACUAUAAAAUGGGACUCAUUACCUCCCUGCUUGACACUUAGCAUCAAGGGUUGGAAUUGGGGGUUAAAUCACCAAGAAAUGAUUCCCGGGCGCGGCCACCGCUGCUGCUCACUGCUCCCCUCACUACCCAGGGGGUGAUCAAGGGUGAUGGGUCAAAUGCAGAGAAUAAUUUCGCCACACCUAGUGUGUGUGUGACAAUCAUUGGUACUUUAACUUAACUUAACAUACACAUUAUUUCUUUUUCUCUCUAGCCCAGUGUUGAAAUUGUUUUUUUUAAUUGUUUUUUUAGAAUGUUGAUUUAUUAAUAUCUUGUUUUGAACAGUUUGUUACCAUCAAUAAGUGAAACAUCAGCUUCAAAUCAUGCAUUAACCUUGCACAAGCUACUUAUGUAUUUCAAUGUCAACACUUUUUGCUUUUCAAAUAAACACAGAAUUCCCUUGUAAGAAGCUCAUUACUUGUUUUUAGUAAGCUAUAAUGAGCAAUUUGAAGUUUUCUUCACUCCAAUGUGCUGAUUGUUUUACCGUGACAGAAGAUCAAACUCAAAAUUAAAGACUAAACACCAAAUAGGUAAAUAAUUUAGGUAUCACGAUUAUUUGUAUUCGUGGUUGAUUUCUAAUGUGGUCAUUAGGCAUCUGGAAUCACGCUCCAAACUUGGACCAAAUAAGUAAGACAUUCAUACAAAACUCAGAAGUGUGACCUGUAAUUAAAAACACGGAAGCAUAUAUCGCAGAAGACGCUGAAAUUGUUCAGUUAUUUUUGUCUUUAAAUAUUGUAUUUCAACUUUUGGUGUAUGUGCUUUCAUCUUUUAAAGAACUUAAAUCCUUGAAUUUGUUGAGUCAUUCAAAUGGAAAAUGAAUCUGGAAUAUACAUCGAACGUGCUUG